CACCUAUAAGACAAAUGACACAAUGAUGGGGAACCAGACCUUCAACGAAUGUCCUGCCAACAGCUACUGCGGCUCCUCCGGACGCUGUAUUUGCAAGGAGGGCUACGGCGGAUUGUAUUGCCAGGCCCUCUGCCCUGCGGAUUGUGAAUAUGGCAAGUAUUGCGACCGACCGGGCCAGUGCAGUUGCCAAAACGGCUACGACCGGAACUACCUCACCGGAAACUGCGUGCCCGUGUGUCCCGAGUUAUGUGGAAAUUUCGGCUUCUGCGCGGAGCCAAGCAAAUGCCAGUGCGAAAGUGGCUUUAAGAGGGUAGGGAGCAAAUGCAAACCAGUCUGUCAAGACGAAUGCGGUUCAAACUCUGACUGCAGUUUACCGAACUGGUGCGAAUGCUCCGAGGGAUACACGUUUGAUGCAGGCGGAGAGUGCUGGCCCAUCUGUGAAGAAGGCUGUGGCCAGCACAGCCGGUGUGUGAAGCCAGAGGUCUGUAAGUGUCAUCCAGGAUACACCGGCAACGAGAUGGGCACCAACUGCCAGCCAGUGUGCUCAAGUUGCCCGGAGAAUGCCAGUUGUAGCGCUCCCGACGUCUGCACGUGCGAUCCCGGCUACAUGGGCAAUGGUUUCAAGAACAGCUCCCAGCUCGUUUGCGAGGCGAUCUGUGAGAAGGGCUGCAAGAACGGGCAGUGCAUAGCCCCAAAUGAAUGUGUGUGCAAUGAGGGCUACCUGGCGGACGUCUUGAAUCCUGCCGAAUCCGUAUGCCGUCCCGUCUGUCGCACGGCCUGUGUGAAAGAAAGUGGGAAGAUGAUUUGCAAGGACCCGAGCUCCGAGGAAAUGCAUUACGUCUGCCGAAUGCCGCAGACUGAGGACAGCAUAUGGACUCCCAAGUGGAUGGUUAUCAUGGGCUGCUGUGCUGCAAUCAUCCUUGGAUUGGCCAUUGCUGUUGGGGCCAAAAAGUACUUUACCACCUGGCGCAACCUUGAAAUCCAAGCCGAACGACUGCACAACAUCUCGACAGAGUCUGUAAUCUACAUGGACUAACAGUAUUUAAUAUGUA